UCUCUGGGCGCAGCUGCUGACCUCGCUAACCUUGUCCGAAAAUGGAGUGGCAGAGGCGCAAUAGGAUCGCAUCCCAGACCCUGGCGUUAUGUAUUGCAUUAAUGGCAGCAUCCAUGGAAACGGUGGAAUGUGCCGGGCGGAGCGUCCACCUCCCCGGCGGCAGCGCAGGCAGCGCAACCAGAGGUGGGGCAGUGAGACAACGCACCCACACAGCAUCGCUGAAGGACUUCGGUGGGGUCGGCGAUGGCAUCACCUCCAACACGAAGGCGUUCCACGCGGCGGUGGCGCACCUCGCACAGUUCGCCGGUGGCGGCGGUGGGAUGCUGUUCGUGCCGGCUGGGCGGUGGCUGACGGGGCCUUUCAAUCUCACCAACUCCUUCACCCUCUUCCUCCACCGCGACGCCGUCAUCCUCGCGACCCAGGAUAUGAUUGAAUGGCCGGUCAUCGAUCCCCUACCCUCAUAUGGGAGAGGAAGAGACCAUUCUGGUGGGAGAUACAGCAGCCUUAUUGGAGGAUCACACCUCACUGAUGUUGUUAUUGCAGGGGACAAUGGAACGAUUGAUGGGCAGGGGGCGUUCUGGUGGAAGAACUUCCAUGAAGGCAAACUUAAAUACACACGUGGGUAUCUCAUCGAACUAAUGCACUCGGACCAGAUCCUUAUAUCCAAUCUUACACUACUCAACUCUCCUACAUGGAACAUCCAUCCAGUUUACAGCAGCAAUAUCGUAAUUUCGCAAAUCACGAUACUUGCGCCAGUCCAUUCUCCAAACACAGAUGGGAUCAACCCAGACUCCAGCUCCCAUGUUCGAAUAGAGGACUGCUACAUAGUCUCCGGUGAUGACUGUGUCGCAAUUAAGAGUGGCUGGGAUGAGUACGGCAUUGCUGUUGGAAUGCCGAGCCAGCACAUAAUUAUCCAAAGGCUUACCUGCAUCUCUCCAACCAGUGCUGUCAUUGCUCUAGGGAGUGAGAUGUCUGGUGGAAUUCAGGAUGUGAGAGCUGAGGAUAUCACCGCCAUCGAUUCGGAGUCCGGGAUCAGAAUCAAGACUGCUGUGGGGAGGGGAGGUUAUGUGAAGGAUAUCUUUGUCAGGGGGAUGAAUCUCAACACCAUGAAGUGGGUGUUCCGGAUGGAUGGGAACUACAAGUCCCACCCUGAUAACAAGUAUGAUCCCCAUGCCAUUCCAGUCAUCAAAGGGAUCAGUUACAGUAAUAUAAUUGCCAAGAAUGUAAAACAGGUGGCGAGUUUGCAUGGGAUUCCAAAUGCACCAUUUACAGGCAUUUGCAUUUCUAAUGUCACAGUCCAGUUAGCAGCAAAGGCAAGGAAGCAGACAUGGACCUGCACUGAUGUUGAGGGAGUAUCCAGUGGAGUCACUCCUGCACCUUGUGCUUCAUUUCGAGAUCAGGGUGCUGGUGCUAACCCAUGCCCGUUCCCCACCGGUAGAUUUACUUAUUGAUGCUUAAUUCAAGGAGUGAUCAUAUGCAGGAGCUAAUAAUCUGAGGUUGUGUAGUUUUUAUCUAUCAGGUAAUCCUCAGCUACAAUGGUGGCUAGCAGCAGAGCUUUUGUGCAAGUCCAGCUUCUUGAUGCUUAAGGUUUAAUAUAUAAAUGUUCUUUUUUUUGAAGGAAAUUAUAUAAAUGUUAAAAAAAGAUAUGAGGACCCAUGCAAGUGUAUGUUUGGUACUGCAUUGGUUGUGUAUUGUAGAUAUCUUGGAUAUUUAUAUAGGUUCAAGAAACCUAAAUAAUACCUUCCUAUUUGCUUUU